AUGGACAGGAAAAGUGGUAAGUAAAAAGUCACACAGUCGUUCCCAAAUCCCUCCCCUUCUACCCUAACCCCUGUGUGUUAGCAUGUCUGAAGGGUCUGGAUAAGAAAGCAGUGUAGUGGUAAAGCUUCCAGCACAGGAGGAUGGGCUCGUGGUAAUGGCUGGAGCGGAAUUAGUGGAAUGGUAUCAAAUACAACAUGCCAUUCCAUUUGCUCCGUUCCAGACAUUAUUGUGAGCCGUCCUCCCCUCAGCAGCCUCCAUUGGCUUCCACCUUACAGAGCUGCAAACAUUGAAGGGUCAGGGCCAAGAGGAAGGGUAGCGAGCAAGAGUUUCCUCUCCCUAAUAUUAUUGCUGUCUGUCUGUCUCAUUAUGCAUACGUUGACACAGCAUAGCUAAGCUGAGUUGAGUUUUGCAUUCUAAUGAGUGUAAAUGUGUUUCAUCCCAAUCACGGGAAAGAUAAUUACAUCCCAGACUCUGAUAGGGUUUACAUGUACAUAAAUAAACACCAUAUGCACAGUACUGUAGCGUACAUCCUGUCCCUGGCUUCAUCUGUAUGGGGGGGGAUUGAUGAAGGCAACGAGCUGAUGAAGGCAACGAGCUGAUGAAGGCAACGAGCUGAAACGCAUUAGUUACUGGUUUUAAUAAUAAAUUAGCAUUUCCUAAAGCAACUUCUAUUGUCCUCCAAGUGUGGCUGAAUAUCCUUAUCCUCCUCUCUUCAGUUGGUCCUUGGUUGAAGAGCGAAGUAGCAACAGUGUAAUGCUAAAACUGAAAGAAAUGCAAUAACUGACAGCUCUGGCAGAACCACGGUGGUAGAGAAACAAUAGGCACUUUUACUGAAAUGUUGAUUAACGUGCACUGUCCCAAUCAACCCUAUCAAAUACUGGUCAUAAAUAGAUACAUAGGUUGUAGUGUAUUAUAAACUAAUGGGAUACUGGGAUGUGCUUCAUGUUUUGCUUUCUCUUCUAAGGUCAGAGAGUACUGUAUAGCAUAUCCCUGAAUGCAUUGGGAUCAGUGUGAAUACUAAAAACCUCUCUUCAUGUUUUAGCCAAUGGCUACCCUAAGGCCGGAGGAGAGAGUGGAGGUGGGGGUCAGAGGAAGCAGCUGCCCUACUCCGUAGAGACCCCCUACGGCUUCCACCUGGACCUCGACUUCCUCAAAUAUGUGGACGACAUCGAGAAAGGCAACACCAUCAAGCGGGUGCACAUCCAGCGCAAGGCCAGGGGUCCUCCUAAGUUCAGCACCCUGCCCAGGAACUUCAGCCUGCCUGGGCAUGGGGCACGACCGGCCCCCAAGGACACCUGGUCUUCCACCUCUACUCUGGGACCCAAGCCCCGGGGCAGAGUCACAGAGGUCCAGCAGUUCUUGGAUUUUAGAGCCAGUGAUGGAGGCAGUGGUACGGCGGGGGGUCAGAGCCAGAGCAGCAGGGCGCAGGGGGGUAGCUUAUCCCCGGCCAGGCCCAGGGAGGAGGCAGGGGUGUUAGCCGAGAAGCCCCUGGGGAGGCCCAACCUCCUCCGGACGUCCAGCAUGCCCGUUACCAUCCCACACAGGAAGGGCUCCGAGUCCGGGGACGAGAGAACGGAGAGCGGCUCAUCUGAGAACGUGUUCCGCGCUGUGCCCCAGGACCGGUCGGGGCUGCACCAGCAGAUCACCGCAGCCCUGAAGAGGGUCAGAGAGCUGGAGGAUAUGGUGAGGACCAUCCCAGAGCUCAAGUCCCAGAUCUGCUCACUGAGGGAGGAGAGGGAGCAACUGAUCCUCAGGCUGCAGGCCCAAACCAAGCCCCAGCCUCCACCCCCCCCACAACGCGCCUCGCCCUCCCCAGCCCAGAGCACUGAUCCUGGGCCCGCCUCUCAGCCGCCGGGGGCUGGAGCAGUAGUGGAUCCCGGGAGAGCAGAGAGCACUGCGUCAGAGACAGAAACACAACAGGAAUCCUUAAAAAGUAUUGUACAAGAAGGAGAAGCAGAUAGGCUUUUAGCAGCACAGGCAUCAGAGGGACCAGACAGACAAAGAGAAGCAGUAGUGAAUCCAUUAGAGCAAACAGCGGAGCUAUCAGAGGACGUUACAGUACAGAAAGCACCAGAACCUUCAGAGAGAGGAGUGUUUGUGCAAGUCAUAGAGGGAGUCAGUGUCAGUGGUGAGGGGGACCUCCUCAGCAUCGAACAACUCCAGGCUAAGCUAGUAGCGCUAGAGGCUAAGUUAAGUCAGGCUAGUGAACAUCUGGAGAAAACCAACAGUCUCCUCAGACAACAGGUAGAGGAAAACAGGAUGAAGGAGGAGAGGAUACUUCAGCUAAGCGAGGGAGGGAGAGAAGGAAAGGAGGUGUGUGGGGAGAGACAGACAAGUAGAAGGACCAGUGUGGACCAGGGGACAGAGACAGAGAGAGUGGAUAUUAUAAACCAGGGGACAGAGACAGAGAGAGUGGUCAUUAUAAACCAGGAGACAGAGACAGAGAGGGCUGAUAUGGUGGAGCAGGGGACUGAUACAGAGAGGAUAGUAAUAAGUUUAAUCAGAGAGAGAGCUAACAGUGUGGACCAGGGGACAGAGACGGAGAGAGUAGAAGCGGUGGACCAGGUGGCCGAGACAGAGAUGGUUAUUGUAUGUCCAGUCAGACCAAGGGCUAACAGUGUGGACCAGGGGACAGAGACAGAGAGAGUGGACACUGUAAACCAGGUGACAGAGACACUGCCUGGAGACAGAUUAGACCAGGUGACAGAGACAGAGACACAGACAGUAGUCAGUGUGGACCAGAUGACAGAGACAACACAUGUACGUCCAGUGAGACCAGCAAGACACAGGGCUAACAGUGUGGACCAGGGGACAGAGCCACAAAUACAGGCAGGAGUCAGUGUAGACCAGGGGACGGAGACAGUGGAUACUGUGAACCAGGUGACAGAGACAGAGACACAGACAGCACCUGUACGUCCAGUGAGACCAGCGAGACACAGGGCUAACAGUGUGGACCAGGGGACAGAGACAGAGAGAGUGGGUACAGUGGACCAGGUGACAGAGACAGAGGCAGCGCAGAGUGCAGACCAGCAAACAGAGACAGAGAGAGACAGAGGUGAGACUAGCAAUACCUCACAUAGCGCUAUAGAGAUUGAGAGUGCGGCUAUAGUAAGUGCAGCCAUAAAAAGUGCGGUCACAGAAAUUUCUGGAGCAGAAAUUGAGUCCACAGAAAGUGCUGUCAAAAAUGGGGAUAUCACUGAGAGUGCAGUAACUGAAGAAGGUUUUGUGAUUAUAGAAUGUGUGGACAUAGAAAGUAUGGUCACAGAAAGUAUGGUCACAGAAAGGAUGGUCACAGAAAGUAUGGUCACAGAGAAUGUGGACACAGAAGGUAUGGUAACAAAGAGACAAGAAGUGGUAGUAGAGACUGUAGUUGAACAAAUGACAGUGACUGGAAGUGUGCUUAAACAGAGUACAACCACAGAAAGUACAGUCAUAGAGAGUGUGGUCACAGAAGAGAGUGCUGUCACAGAAGAGAGUGUGGUCACAGAAACUCCAGUAGCCCCAGUAGCCCCAGAGAGCCCAGUUGCAGCACCCACCCCCUCUUCCAGCCAGACCCAGCCUCAACCGGGUCAGAAGGAGUCUGUGCAGCCCCAGGCCCAGCCCCAGGCCCAGCCCCAGCCCCAGCCCCAGGCCCAGCCCCAGGCCCAGGCCCAGGCCCAGCCCCAGCCCCAGGCCCAGCCCCAGGCCCAGCCCCAGGCCCAGCCUCAGGCCCAGGCCCAGGACCCUCGUCGGGGCUCCAACCCAGCCUUAGGGCAGGUAGUAACACGCCUCACAGGGCUGAUUAAUGAGCAGUGGGCCCAGCUGGGUAGCAGCCAAGAGAAGCCGGACAAGCAGGAGACCCCCAGCCCCAGCACCCAGAAGCCUGCACCCGGGCAGGGGAAGCCCGCCGCGGGGAAGCCUUCAACGGGCAAAUCAGCAGGGAAGUCAGGGCCGUCUAAGAUGAGCUCCAUCCAGAGCCAGCUGGUCAGCUCCCUCAGUGCCCUGUCUGCAUUCUACUCCCCUGGACAGAAGGCUGCUGCCAGCAAACAACAAGGUAGGAUAUGUGUCAGAAGUACUGUAUGUCUUAGUAGCUACAGUAUAAGACGUGCCAGGGGGUUUCUAAGUAGUAUAAAGUCUUAUAUCUAAGACGUAUAAACUUCAAAGUCAUAAUAUUCUUGGGAUAUCCUGAUAUUCUAAUAAUAUGGUUUGGUUAGCUUGAUUAAUUUGCUUGAUUAGAUAUGUUCCACUUUCAAUUUGAUAUUCCCAGUCACACAUAAUUGCACGCUACAGUACUGUAUUUAUAUCAUUCAUGUCAAGCUGAUUCUAUUCUAUUCCUAAUAUUCUCAUCCCAUGUUGAUAGUCACUAAAACAUGUUCAGGCGUUGUUUACCAUGAGAUCACUCCUCUGGCCUAGGUCCAAUAGCUUUAUCUCCAUGAUACUGAGCUGUCUCCUGUCUUGGCACAGAGAGCUCAUAGUCUGUCUCUGUUCAUUGACUCUGAUAGGCCAGGGGCCUCCACGUGUCUGUGAUGGCUAUUGAUUGCGAUGGCUAGAGGUGGAACACAUGUAGUGGAGCACGGCCAAAUUACAUUGUUGGCCGACGUCCAAGAACAGAUUAAAUAUGCAGUUAGUUUCUUCCCCCUCUCCUUCUCUUCUUCUUCCUGUGUUUUGUUUUUUAAAAGAUAGAGUUAGAAGAUAGAAGAUAGAGUUGUCCCCUACCACACAUAGCUCAUAUGAAUUUCAGUAGGGAGAAUACACAACAGGGUGCCCUUUGAUUGUGAACCUCUGCUCUGUGUAUUCCGCUAUUGUUCUGGGGAGCGUCACUGACAUUUGAGAAAAGGUCUGGCUUGAAUUACAGUACAUUGCUUACAAAACGCCCCGCUCUGGCCCAAAGAAUAUUGGAAACGGAAUCCCAUUACUACCACAUGCAGAGGCAGAGCCACAACUAUCUAACUAACACAACAUCCCCUCCCUUAGCCCAUCUGUACUGAGUAUAUCAAACAUUAGGAACGCCUUUCUAAUAUUGAGUUGCACAGUUGUGUCAAGUUGGCUGGAUGUCCUUUGGGUGGUGGACCAUUCUUGAUACAGACGGGAAACUGAUGAGGGUGGAAAACCCAGCAGCAUUGCAGUUCUUGACACUACCAUACCCCGUUCAAAGGCAAUUAAAUAUUUUGUCCCUCUGAAUGGCACACAUAGCUACACAAUCCAUGUCUCAAUUGUCUCAAGGUUUAAAAAUCCUUCUUUAACCUGUCUCCUCUCCUUCAUCUACACUGAUUGAAGUGGAUUUAACAAGUGACAUCAAUAAGGGAUCAUAGCUUUCACCUGGAUUUACCUGGUCAGUCUAUGUCAUGGAAAGAGCAAGUGUCCUUAAUGUUUUGUACACUCAGUGUAUCUCAAUGUCCCUUCAAUACAGUAUAGAGAACACACUUAAUGGACUGGGAAUCCCAUGGAAAUAACAUGGCCUUUAACAGGCUGACUAGGCUGUAAACUGGCUUUAUUAAUAACAUGGCCUUUAACAGGCUGACUAGGCUGUAAACUGGCUUUAUUAAUAACAUGGCCUUUAACAGGCUGACUAGGCUGUAAACUGGCUUUAUUAAUAACAUGGCCUUUAACAGGCUGACUAGGCUGUAAACUGGCUUUAUUAAUAACAUGGCCUUUAACAGGCUGACUAGGCUGUAAACUGGCUUUAUUAAUAACAUGGCCUUUAACAGGCUGACUAGGCUGUAAACUGGCUUUAUUAAUAACAUGGCCUUUAACAGGCUGACUAGGCUGUAAACUGGCUUUAUUAACAACACUGUCCUCUCUGUCCUUGCUGUGUAGUUUUCUCACAUUGAUCUCAUUAAGUCUUGUGGAAGUACAGACCCUGGAGAGCCUUAACUAGCGCUGUGCUAUAUGACAGGGUGUGUGAGUGUGUGCGCGUGCUUGGGUUUGUGAUUUUGUGUGCGUGUGCGUGUUUGUGAGUGUGCAUGUGUGUGUGUGUGUGUGUGUGAGUGUGAGUGUGUGUGUGUGUGUUUGUAUGUGCCAGCUAGCUAGCAGAGAGAGAGGGUUGAGGGUUUCCACAUGAUUUAAUGAGCUCAGUUGUGUUGUAAUUGUCUCCAGAGGCUCCACAAUAUCUUCCAGGCCCCCAUGUUCUACUUCAAACACACAUAAUCAUCAACCUGAACACAUGCCGCGCACACACAUACACACACACACACACACACACACACACACACACACAGAGUUUGCUGGCCCACAUUGCUUUCAGCCAGAGUGACUGUGUGGAAAUUAGAGAGGUCAAAAACCAACGUGUGGUUUUAUUGCUGCUGCCGUUUUAAAGAACCUGUGAACAGCUAGUGUGUCACAGUAGGAAGAAGUACAGGUAACUGCCAAAAUAAUGGAAACAUUUGAAUAAAUGAGGGACACAAAGUAUAUGGAAAGCACGUGCUUCCACACAGGUGUGGUUCCUGAGUUAAUUAAGCAAUUAACAUCCCAUCUUGCUUAGGGUCAUGUAUAAAAAUGCUGGGCAGGCCAUUAUUUUGGCUAACAUGGCUAUGCCCCCAUAGGAUGACAAUGGCACGAGUGGUCGCUGUAUAAUAUGAAUAACAUUCCACCCAUGAGGCCAGAGGGGGUGCUUUUGGUCAUUGACUGCAGGAAAGGGCUACGUUAUUUAUUUUAGUGGUUACAUAGCCUACAUUGUCGGGUGAGUUAGUCGCUUGGGUGACUUGUUUGGUGGGACUGGGGAUGGCGUCUCACGUUGAGAAGCCGUCCUUGUCUGUCCGCCACGGUUUCAGGUGUAUGCCUGAGCUGAAUGUGAAGGUGGAGGAUGUUCUCCUCUCUGUGGGAGAACAGGUUGGCCAUGAAAGUCUUUCAAAUGCUUUGCGAAUGACUAAAGCAGUGGCUGUGUUUCUGAAAGAGGAGCGCCUUGUCAACCGGCUGGUUGAGACAGGUGUUACUCAAAAUGAUGUUUUUUUGCAAAUCAUGCUUUUCUCCUCGGCUACGAGGGUUACUAUAUCCCAUGUCUGUUCAUUCCCGAUGGCGACCUGAUGCGAGAGCUCGCACGUUACAUUUGCCAGCCCAAUGAGAGUCAUUACUUGGAUGUAAAAAAAACCUGUUGAAACAUGUUACUGCUUGUAGAAGGCAGGUUUUCCUGUUUUUAGUCAGACAAAAACUUUAGACAUUUGGUAUCUGGUGAGGUAUGAGGGAAAGCCUACAUGGUUUAUGUGACAACAGUCUGAGGUGUUUUGAUUGUGGGGAGAUUGGACAUAAGUGGCAGGCAUGCACGCACAGGGAGCGGGGCGAGCAGGGCACUGAUGGAUCCUCAUCUAGCUCCAGAUCUGAGAGCGGGCCGGAGGGUUCGGUGCAGCACCGGCCUCCAUCCCUGGUCCAGACUCAACCCCAUACAUUGGAAUUGCAAGAUUCCAUUUCCCAAACUGUUGAUAUUGAUGAGGUUAAAAUGUUGAUGUAGCCCAUGUUGCCAUGACGAGACUCUCAGGGGCGGGUCUGCUUGUGGUUACUGAGGGCAGUGACAACGUUGACUCCGAGGCUGAUAUACCUGUCUCACAGACAAUGGAGAAUGAUGUGCCCAGUGUAAUUACAGACACGCAGGGGAUGGUGGGGAGAAGGUUGGAGGCAGUGGGGGGGGGGGGCUCCGGAUUCCGUGGAGCUGCCCGAUGA